AUGGCCCAGUUGGGUGCAGCGACUGAAUAUGUUACGCUUUACGAUCCUAUCGUUGGUGCAUCCGAUGGCCAUGGGCGUCGUGCAGAACCAACCCCUGAGCCGUUGCUAAUACGAUCAUUCAACCUGAGACAAGCAUAUUCCGAUAUCAAGGACGAUUUAGUAUCGGAAAUGGCUGCGUUUGACUCAGAUGUCAUCAAGCCCGGUAACGACGCUCGUGAUGCUAUACAGCCCCUACGCCGGACCAUCAAGAAGAGAGAAAAUAAACGGCUAGACUACGAGAAGCAGCAAGAAAAGACUCAAAAAUUACAAAGAAAGCCCGGGAAAUCGACAGAGAAGCCCGAGACUAAGCAUCAUAAGAGCUCUCUAGAGACUGGCCCCAUCGGCCCCGGCGUAGCCACCGAUUUCACCGUUGCAACGGGACUAGCUAAUUCAAACGCCGUUCAGGCUCCAGAUUCACGAGCUACGGGUGGCACUUUUGGCUAUGCAACCAACCGCACGGCUGACUUAGCUAACCUCGCAAUAAGAAAGAAGCCUCCACCGCCGCCGCCACCUAAAAAGUAA